UUUCAAUUAAUCCAUGCCAAAUUUACAAUCUUCACAGCUUUAGUGUUAUUGAUUCUUUUCCACUCUCGGAUGUUUGAUUUUCAAUCUUUUCAAAGGCUAUUUAGGUCGCAUUUUGUAGUUUUCAGUUUUCACCAUCUGCUAGAGUGCUAGCUGCUACGGGAGAGACUUUAAAAUCAAAACCCUGCAGUCUAGUCUAGGGUUUUUGCCUCCCAAAUCGAACAAUGGUGCUAUCCAACAAGAAGCUGAAGCAGAAGCUAAGAGAAGCAAAGGCCGAAUCUUUGGCUUCUUCAAUAUCGGGGGAAUCAGUAUCCAAUGCAAACGGGGGCGCGGGCACGAUUUCGGAGUUGCAGGAGCGACUGGAUGCAGCAAAACAGAGGACGCGGCUGGUAAAGAAGGACAAGAGAAGGAAUUCGCUAGGGAAAGAGAAUGAUGAAGGAAAGGGCCUGGUAAAGAAGGACAAGAGAAGGAAUUCGCUAGGGAAAGAGAAUGAUGAAGGAAAGGGCCCAACUAGCGGGAAGAAGGAAGUGCUGGACAAUGGCGAUGAGAAGAGAGAUGAGGGGAAGAAGAGGAAGAGAGAAGAGGGGAAGAGUGCCCAGAAGAAGGACGACAAGAAGGCUAAAAUGAAGAAGAACAAGAACAAGAAGAGCAAGGCAGCUGAAAAUGGCAAGGACGAGAAGUCUGCGGUUAUUGGUGGCGGAGCGGGAGAAGUAGAAAUGAAAGGAAUUGUUGAAAGUUCAGUGAAAAUGGAUAGUGCCACAAAAGUUUAUGUUGGCGGUAUUCCAUACUACUCGACUGAAGAUGAUAUUCGGAGUUUCUUCGAUAGUUGUGGUACCAUAACAGAAGUUGAUUGUAUGAAGUUUCCUGAUAGUGGAAAGUUUAGAGGAAUCGCCAUUAUCAACUUCAAGACUGAUGCUGCUGCCAAGCGGUCCUUGGAUCUUGAUGGAGCUGACAUGGGUGGUUUUUAUCUGAAGGUCAAGAUGUAUAAGACAACAACUAGACAGACUAAGGUCCCUGAUUUUGUUCCACAAAUUGUAAAAGGUUACAAUCGGAUUUAUGUUGGGAACUUACCAUGGGAUAUAACAGAAGAAAACCUCAGGAAGUUUUUCUCAGAUUGUAGUAUAUCAUCUAUCCGUUUUGGCAUGGACAAAGAAACUGGGGAGUUCCGAGGUUAUGGCCACGUUGAUUUCUCAGAUGAUGUCUCAAUGAUGAUGGCACUGAAAAUGGAUCAGCAAAUGCUGUGUGGCAGACCAAUUAAGAUCAGUUGUGCAGUUCCCAGGAAAGCAGGAGAAGCUCGAACUAAGGAUGGCCCUCCACCUUCCAGAAGUAACGAAGUAAGUGAUCCUGCGAUCGUUUCAACUCCUCCUGUGCCCGAAACUACUGCAGCAAAUAUUGGAGCAAGCAAUGAUGAGAUCCCUACAACUUCGAUCACCGAAGUUGUGAGAAAUGAAGCCAGUAUUGAGACACCGGCCCCUGUCAGCGGUAAGAUAAAGAGGAGGACCUGCUAUGAGUGUGGUCAAAAGGGUCAUAUCUCAACAGCUUGUCCGAAUAAGCAGAAUACUGAUGUACCAAAUUCAAAUACUGAUUGAACUGAGUCCAACUACCAAGUUUUGUUUUUCUCUUGCUCCCUGUGUUUGGGGGGAGAGAUACUAGGUCAUCCAGAAUUAUUUAUUGGAGGGUAUCUGGCGAUCAUAGGGAGGUACUAUCACAGUUUUGUAUUCUAGAAGUUUGAUUUAUUGACCAAUGAGGGAAGUGGUGUAGUGGACUAGUGUUCUUUAUCUGUCUGUUUAUACUACAUGUACCAAGCAGGAAGUUAAGAAGAGAUCUAUUGAAAUUCUAGUGUUUGUUCCUGCUCUGAGAGAACUAUUGCGAUUUUCUUCUUGCCGCUGUUUUGGCUUCUUCCACUGGCAGCUCUGACACUUUGCUUUCUUAAGCUAAUCUAAUUUGCUAUGCAUGAAUGUCUAGUGCAGAUGAUGGAUGAAAUGAAGGAAUAGACAGUCAAAAGACAAAAUACACAGGAAGUAUUGAUCAGGUUGAACCUGUGCUUGUUUAUUAACAUACUUGAAUUUAGUGUUGAUUGUCUUUAAGUGGGAUGUUGCCUUGCACAGCUUCCUGGCUGAGAAAGCAAGGGUCAGGCUGCCAGGCGCUUCAGGUAGGGCGCUUGCUUAACUUUACCUUGAGAUAUCUCUCUUUUUGCAAGAGACAAGAAAUGACAUCCUAACUCUCUGUUUGUUCAAUCUCUUCCUUUCACUUAGGAAGUUCCGUGGGAGUCAGAUCUCUGAUUUUGAUUACUUUCCUUGAAAGGUUUGGCUUUCACUUGUAUUAACAAAAUGAAAUGUGUGUAUUUUGCAGCUGAACUGGAUUGAAUGGAUCAAAUCCAUCGGAAGUAAUAUAAUUCGAUUUGGUUCAGACUCGGUAAAUUAUUUCAAAAGCAAAAAAUUAAAAUAGGAUCGAAUU